AUGAAUGAUAUGGAUAAAGUACGUUAUAAAGAAGCUUUUUUAUUAAUGGAUGAAAAAAAUUCUGGUGUUAUUACAAUUGAUGAUAUUCAUUUUCUUAUACGAGCACUUGGUUUUACACCAACAAAAAAUGAUCUUGAAAAUAUCGAUAGAGAAUUUAAUGAUAAUAAAAAUAUUGAUUAUUUAUGGUUUAUUGAUAUAAUGUCAACAAUUUCAUGUAGAAAAUAUUCAUAUGAACAAAUAGAAAAAGCAUUUUUUUCUUUUGAUAAAAAUCGUUAUGGUCUUAUUAAUGUAGAAACAUUUAAAAAAGCUAUGAUGACAAUGGGAGAAUCAUUAUCAGAAAAUGAAAUGAAUGAAAUGAUGAAAGAUUUACCUAUUGAUGAAGAUGGUUUUAUCGAAUAUGAACAUUAUCUUUUACAAUUUAAACCAAAAGAAAAUUUAAUUACAUUAAAAACUAUGAAUGAAGAGAAAAAAUAA